AUGACCACGCUGGCUCAGAAGGGUGGCUUCCCAUUGGGUACUAUCACAGGUGAGCAGCCGGCCAUUGACUCCGGGACUGUCCAGUUGACUCCGCUGACCAUGGCAGAUGUUGCCCGGCACAACAUCGCAUCAGAUUGUUGGAUCGCUGUGCACGGCUACGUCUUGGAUGUGACCAGCCUCGUGUGGAGCAGACGGGACUGCUUCCUUCGACUCUGUAUCGCACCCCAGAGUUAUAUCACCAUGAUGGCACAGAAGCGCUUCGCCACCAUCAAAGGCUGCAUUGGCAGCUGCACCAGCGAUGGCGCCACGCCAAGCCAAGGCAACGGCAUCGGCACGACAGAUUCCAUGACAGGGCCUACAGGCCAGGUCCCUGCAAGGCAAUGUCGAGCCGACGAGCCGACGCCCCCGGACACCACCGUGACGGAUGCCGAGCUGCAGACCCACAACAAGGCCACAGACUGUUGGAUGGUACUGGGCUGCGGUGUCUACGACGUCUCUGCUUACAAACACGGUGGGGGAGACGGCUCUGUUCAUGCAUGGUGUGGGGGGGGAUGGCACUACGUCCUUCGUGGGGAAGCAUCCUUGGACGUACCUUCCAAUUCUCCUGAACAAAGGCAAACGCCGCUGUCGCUUGCCGAGAUCGCGAAGCACAACACACCCGCAGACUGUUGGUCCUGCAUCCACGGCAAGAUCUAUGAUCUCACCUUCUAUUUGCCAGAUCAUGAUGCCGGCAGUGCCGUCAUUGAACCCAUGUGUGGAGAGGACUCCACAGCGUAUUACGCCAUGGCCCAUGCCAAAGGCGCUCUGUCUGGGCUUCCCAUUAAGGGCGCCUGUGACCCACGUGCAGAGCAGGCCUUUACUGAGCAGAACAUCCUGGAUGGCAUGGCCUUUGUUGCCUACGUUCUUUUCCCGUGGGUGAUGCAUCAUGUGUCUCCGGUGAUGAUGAGCCCUCCCAUGCAGGACAGGAUCUUCCGCCGACCCAUCCUGGCUAAGCCAUUGAAGGGUUGCGUGGGCAACAUGCUGAACAGCUAUUUGGAGAUGCCCGUCGGGGUGGCUGCGAUGCUUCUUUGGUUCUUGGUGGCGACGGCGCUGCUCUCCACCUUCUGGGCCCUUCACUACGAGCUCUACUACCUGCCAGACUUCACGGGUCCGGGCUGGAUUGGCCGCAUGACUGUGUAUAUGAUCUCGAUCGCCACUUACUUGGGAACCCGGCGAUGGUCUUUGGCCUGGACCCUGUAUCAGAUCUCCUACGAAAAGACACUCAAGGCCCAUUAUGUUGUGGGCUCCGUGGCCAGCAUCUACAUGAUCUUGCAUGGCGUGCUGUACAUGGUGGCUUUUGGACCAGACAUGCUGCCAGAGCACCAGGUAACUACGGCUUAUACUUUGCUGGCGUGUAUUCUAAUUGUGUUCCCCGCCAGCAUCAACAACUUCCGCGUCCGGUGGUACAGCGUCUUCAAGAUCACACACUUCUUGGCGCCUCUCAUCGUGAUAGUAGCGAACCUGCACAUCCUUUCUCUCAACGUCGACGGUCUUCUUUGCCGGGGCUUUUGGGGUGCCAUGGCCUGGAUCGGCUCUGCCGCCUUUUUUUGGAUUGGAGAUUUCUUGUAUAGCCGCUACGAUGUGCUCAUGGUUCCGACAAGGGUGGUCGGUGCGGCAAGGGUGCUACCAGCAGACGGGGGCCCAGCCCAUAUUGCCGUGAAGCUCAGGAAGAAGACCACCCUCUUCCCGGGUGCUUGGCUCUCCGUGGCCUCCUUAGAUGCGGGAAGCGCCUUGAGCCAUCCCUUCACUGCCAUUGUCCGUAAGUGUGGCGGCAUCGACAAGGAGUAUGCUGAGGUUGAGUUCCUGUGGAAGGUCUGCCCUGGCAAGACCUGGACGCAGGCCCUGUACAACAAGAUUGUGAAGCAGAGUCCCAACGCACCACUGACCUUUUACAUGUCUGGGCCCUACGGUGGUGGUUUGGGUUCUCUUGAGGCAAUGCGGAUCAUCAUCUUCGUGGUUGGUGGCGUAGGGGUGACACCUGCUGCUUCCAUGACUCCCCACCUUAUACGGCAAGGCAAGGACAUCCACGUGAUUUGGAGUUGCCGCUCCGCCUCCCUGCUUCAGCACAUUGCGGGCGAGUACUUCAACAGCGCCUGUGGAGCCUACUUUGAUCGGAACCCCGACAACCGCCGCCUCCACUACAGUGGCAAGGACCAGGCGAGCCUGCCGCCCUACGUCUUGAAGGGACGGCCGGACGUGCCCGCGAUCAUUGGCGAGGUUGUGCAGAGCGCCUUGAAGCGGGACAUUCUGGACAUUGGCGUCUUUGUUUGCGGCCCUGGCGCCUUGACAGAGGACUGUGUCCGUGCAGCCAAGAAGCACAGCGACCCCAAGGGAGCCCACGUUCAUGUGCAUGCUGAAUCGUUCCAAAUGUGA